AUGAAGGGGACGGCGAUGGACAACGCGAUUCGAUCAGCGGUGGUGGUGUUGGGAUCGUUGGCCUUUGGUUACAUAUCACUCGAGCUUGGGUACAAGCCUUUCCUUGAAAAGGCUGAACAACAAUACGAACGCUCUCUUCAAUCUCCAACUUCACCUUCUCAACAACAACAAGAUGAACAAGAAGAAGCGAUGUGGGAUAAUAACAGUAACAAUAUCGAGGGGUGGGAGGAGAAGAGGUAG